CAGUCACAGACCACCAUAAUUUCUCAGUCUCUCUCUCUUUCAACUCUCAAGUCUCAAGUCUCAACCAAGAUUUAGGGUGAAAUGGAGGCUUCAGUUGCAGCAAAAUCGCUCGUAAAAAUCGCAGCAGUUUCUGGUUCUCUUCGUCAAGCUUCCUACAACCGCGGCCUCGUUCGCUCUGCGAUUGAGAUAAGCAAGGCCAUCAAGGGCGUCCAAAUAGAGUACAUAGACAUCGCACCGUUGCCGCUGCUCAACACCGAUCUGGAAGGCGAGGAGAGUUUUCCACCUGCCGUCGAAGCUUUUCGUCAGAAGAUUCGGGAAGCCGAUAGCAUCCUCUUUGCUUCUCCCGAGUACAAUUACUCCAUCGCCGCACCUCUGAAGAAUGCAAUUGACUGGGCGUCCAGACCUCCAAAUGUAUGGGCUAAUAAGGGUGCUGCAAUUAUAAGUGCCGGAGGAGACUUUGGUAGUGGACGAGCCCAAUACCAUCUUCGCCAAGUUGGAGUUUUCCUUGACCUUCAUUUCAUUAACAAGCCUGAGUUUUUCUUGAAUGCAUUCCAGCCUCCAGAAAAAUUCGACAGUGAUGGCAACUUGAUUGAUGAACAGUCCAAGGAGAGGUUAAAAAAAGUUCUGCUGUCCCUGCAGGCAUUUACUUUGAGACUCAAAGGAAAGUGAAUAGAGGCUUGUAUCCUGUUUCAGACAGCUAAGUCAUUCGAGAAGUUGCUAGAUUUGAAUUAGAACUAGGAGGAUUAAGACAACUCUGAACGUUGUGUAUUGGCUGCAACCUUGCAUGUGCAAGGAAUUAAGAAGCUGAAGUUAUAUGUGAUUCUUAGACUACAAGAAGUUGUGUGAUUCAGGCUCUGCCAUUUGUCUGGCAUUGCCAAGAGUUUUAUGCUGCAUGUUGUGAUUUGUUUCUCCUUCCCUUGGGAGUGUCUUUGGUUUUGAAAUUUAGACCUUAAUAUGUGUUCAUGUUUCUCUUGGCAUGGCGCACAUGCUGAUAAGGUAUUUGUGCAAUA